AUGCACACAACCCCGGCGACUAGUAACAACAACGUUGAGAGCAACAGCACCAACAACCCAAUGCUUGUGUGGGCCGCAGCGCAGGAACUUCAUGACGGCUUCACCGCCCACGCCAAUUCGCUGCCGUAUCUUCUCAACAUCACCCGCGGCCUGGAGCGCAUACUUGAGGACACACGUGUGAUGUACAACACGGCCAUCCGCCAGCGCGAUGAGGCACGUACGCGACUCAUUGCCGCUCAGUCCAAUCUCGCUGCGGUGGAACGCGUUGUGGCGCAAUACGCCGCCGUGACGGAACCCGUUGUGGCCUCCGACGGCUUCACGUAUGAGAAUGUGUCUAUCUGCGAGUACCUGCAGGAGUGUGCGAGCAGCAACACCAAGGCCUAUUCGCAACUCACAAAGGAAGAGUUGUAUGAUGUGGUUGUGCCGAAUCAAACACUGCGCCGCCUUGUACAGAUGCUGCAGAUUGUGCGCACCACAGAGGUGCCGCCUGUCUCGCAGCGUACCCCCAUCCCUCCAUUUACUCACCACAACAACAAUACAAACACCAAUAACAAUGUGAACAGCGCUACCACCGCAGCAGGAGCAGGAGGUGAUUUGAUGGGAAAAGGCGGAAACACUUGUUUGAAUUGGGCAGACGAGGAGGUGGAUCCUGGUGCUACGCCUAUUCGCGCCUCGGAGUUGGAAGCCACACUUGUGGGUGCCAUCAACGCUGGUAGCCUUAAUGCAUCACAAUGCAGCAACACAGCAGUGACAGCGACGACGGCGGCGGCGGCCAAUAACAACAGUAACAACGCCAAUUUAACCAACAAUGCAUUACCUCGACGAUGGGAAAACCGUCAACAACAACAACAAGGUGGAGGCUUCGGCGGAAGGAAUGCCAAUAAGAAGCACCCAUGCCUUCGAGUAUAUGGUUUUUGCAAUUUCCUCGAAGAUUGUGCCUUUGCACAUUAUCCCUAUGAGGCCUGCCUUAACUAUAUCAAAGGAAAAUGUCGGUUUGGGCAACACUGCAAGGAAUUACACGUGAGUUCCACCUAUCCGCGUUAUGCUCCUCAGCGCAACAACAGCACACAGAGCCACAAUUCUAACAGUAAUAUCAACAACAGUACGGCCUCCCCUAACCAAGUGGAGGAGAAGGACGCCAGCGCGAGGAGCCGACGCAGCACAAAGGAGAAGGAAAGCAGCAAAGGUAGCAGUGUGAAGGGAGAGAAUAACAGCAAGGACUUCUCAGAGGAACAGCAAGAGGCGAAACUGACAGCCACAACACCGUCAGAGGGUGAACAACAAGAACAGGAACAACCGCAAGAACAGGAACAGGAACAGGAACAACCACAAGAACAAGAACAACCACAAGAAGAGGAACAAGAACACGAACAAGAUCAACCACAAGAAGAGCGAGAACAAGAAGAAGAACAACAUCAAGAUGAAGAACAGUCACAACUGCAGAAGGAAGAGGAACAGCAAGACGUGGUGAAGCACGAAGCCGCUGCAAAAUCAGAGUCUGAGUAA